CGCGCCAGCGCGCCAGCGCCAGCGGACAUCUUCCCCAAUUCCCCAACGAUCUCGUGUCAUCUCUAGCCGGAUGCAGGAUGAUCACGCGUCGAGCAUCUGCCUGGGAACUCGGUGAUCGCGAUCGUGAUCGUGAUCGGCUUGCGCCCAUCCCGACGGCUAGCCUCGCCGCGGAAUGCAACACUCCAGCGCACCGGGUACUGCGUUUGCCUGUUGUUGUCGAGCAUGUCGAGACGUUGGUCCGCAUCCGUCACGGACCAUUACAGUAUUUCAUGCGCAACGCAACGCAACGCAACGCAACGCACCGCAACGCACCGCAACGCACGCUGUGCCUGUGCCCACGCCCACUGCCGCCGGCAACGGUGCGCCGCCUCCAGGAGCCUCCGCUCGCCUCGGACCUUGAGGUGGGCCGGGGUCCCGGGGAAGUGGAGGCGGGGUGCUCGCAAAGAGAUGCUCGACUCGCCUGCUCGCCUCAUCGAUAUCUGCCGCGUGCCAGGGAAUAGAGCCGGAGGAUUCGGAGCGCCGACGAGCCGCCGCGCGCGAGGUCUGUGCUGCCGCCGGCAGUGGGCGUGUCCACAGAGGUUCAGCGGGAGAUAUGAGACACGACAGCACAUCGUGAUCUCACCCCCUGGCCUGUGGUUCUACUGGCAACAUCUUGCGCUCAGGCCUGGUUGGCGUCGGCUGCACGUUAUCCCACUCUCGCACCGCUGGUUUUGCCGCUUGAAAGCCACCUCGUGUUUUGGACUCACCCACUGCCACUCAGUUGCAUCAGUUGCAUCGUGAAGCAUAUCUCGUCACGGCAUGCGGAACGACGAGUCCAGGCUGUACGCCGAG